CAACAAACGGCUCUCUUUUUGGCCUCCUCAUCCAUUGGGAUAUCGUUUGUCAGAUGACCCGACAGUUCGCAUUUCUCUAUAACUUUUGCGAAGUGCGCUUUUGAAGCGCCUCAACUCUCAUCAUGUUCUCCCCAGAGGCUUCAUUUCAUGCGUCUAGUAUCCCGACGCGCAAUCCCCGGAGGCGUCAGAGAACUCAUUCCGAAGAACCUGGAAGCGCCUCACAACGCAGUAAGAAACGACAACGGAGUGCGCUUGCGCAAGAAUCUUUCAUUCCUCCGCCAGAUUUGGAUAUCGACGGAAAUGAAAACGAGGAGGAGACCGUGUUCAACGGCGAUUCCAUCUACUCUGAAGUAGACUCAGGGUUCCAAGGGCUUGCUCUCAAGGAUAAAUCAAAGUCAAGUAAGAGGAAAGGAAAAGGAGACGGUAGUAUUGUUCUUUCAAAAAACGACACCUACGUUGUUAGUCAACUUCCCAGUUUACCAGAUUCUAUACGAUCGAACAAAAAGGAACGUUUCCAUGGCGGGAUAUCCAGCCUCGCCGGCUUUGCCCUCGCAUUUACACACACCCACGCCUUGGUCUGGUCGUAUAACUCAACUCAGCCAAUUCCCAACAAGUCAUUUUCAUUCAAACUCCAAGAACAACCCGUACACUCGUCUGACCCGCUGCCAAUUGGAUGCCUUACUCCACGCACUACUUCUUCCGCAGAACCGGGCUUGUUGGUAGUGCUGCCAUCAACAGGCAGAAUCACUUACUGGGCCUCACUCUCUGAUGCGGCGACGGUCGAUGUUAUGCGCCAGCGACACCUUGGUGUCGCUGGGUCUGUUGGCAGCAUGCUAUCUGGGGAAUUCGCCGUGAACAUAGUGGAUGCUGAACCCUCAGGGUUUUUGCUAACAUUUAGUUCCGGACGUUUUGCUCAUCUACGUGUAAGGGAUCCUCAGGGGCGGCCUGGCAUAUUUGUACAGUUUCUUCGCCACAGCGGUGGCAGCGGUGGCUUUUUGGGAGGUUUGAAAAACGUCUUUGGCGGCGGGGCUUGGCGAAAAAAUAUCGCCGGAGUCAAAGCGGGCAAGUCUCAUGUGCGGGGCCAACGUGAUAUCAUUGUCGGCGCUUCAAAUGGCUCAUUCCAGAUCUGGGAUACCAAUUGGUCCGGACGUGACACGCUACGUCAAGAUUUCGAUGCCAAACCUGAGAUUGCGGCAGGGAUAGCAGGAACUGGGGCUAUCACGCAAGUGGAGGGCGAGACUUCACUUGAAGUUCUCGACUUUCAUCUUCUUUCCAGCGAAGAUACCAGCAUGGACAGCAACACUCAAGACGCAGAUAUCGAGCUUAGGCUUCUCGCCUUGGUGGCAUUUGUUUCGGGUGGAUCUUGGAGCUACGCGUUGGUUGAGCUCACUCUGGAGGAAGAGGCGCCUGUCGUUAGAGGUGUGCAGCAUAUUAGGUACUACAAGGCGCCGGCCAAGCAGCGAGGUUAUCAGACAAAUGCGCGCCUUCAUUUACCAGCCCCAGGUCAUGUCGCCUUCAUUGUCUUCGAUGACGCUGUGGUGAUUGCCUCUGUGAGAAAAUUGGAGGAAAGUCCUUCAACGCAGCUUCUCGCGGACACGCAAGGCAUUCAAGAUCCGUUCGAAGACGUCAUUGAGUUCCGUAAAGGCACAGAAUUUCAAGUGGUUGGAACUGGAGUUGAAGAUGCCCAGGAUAAAUCCAAAGCGACAUCUGACCCUGGUCGACCCCUCUUGAAGCACCCGGGAUGUCUUCUACUCGUUAGAGGCUUUGGCGUCGUCAGGGUGUCUGUUUUUGAGAAUAACGAUCAGACAGCUGCCAUUGACUCUUCGAGAUUGACGGUAAAGAGCAAGAUCGAGCAAGCAGUAUUCUACGGAACAGUUUCAAAUAACUUACUCAACUUCUCUGCACGACGGGAAAUCCAGUUCACUGCCGAAGAGGUUGAGCAAGCAGCAUUGCAAAUCAGCAACGAGAUUUUAACAUCCACCUCCGAAUUUAUUCCUUUAUUGACACCCUCUCUCGACCAUCAACUGAAAGUCCGAGCAAGUGCGCUGAAGCAUCUUGCAAUCCAUCUUAAAGAAAAUUAUCCUCCAAUCAGUCGAGUUGGAAGAUGGCAGAUGAUGUGGGAUGCGGAGAAGUUGAUGGCUGCGAGGGCAGUCUGGCGAUCAUAUGACGCGGUUCUGCGAGGAGAGUGGGCAAAAGAGAAACAUUUGAUUCCGGAACUUGUCAUCAUGCUUUCGGAAAAGUUCAAGACGGAACCUGUUCCCGAGCUCGGGGAAUUAGAUGCUGUGAGGCAAUGGUUUAUCCGAGAUGUUUCACGAAUGGAGUUCUUUGUGCCGUGGGCUUGCCAGACUGUGCUUGAACUUUACAAGGAAGGCGUUCAAGACCCUCGAGUUGUCACCCGACUUGCUAGUGAAGCUAAUGAUAUCUCUCUCGGGGCAUUAGAGACAGCAUUUAGAUUUAGGUCCGAAAAUAUGUCUCUCUACGGCCUUGAACAUGAGAAUUUGGAAAAUGGCAUUCUGCGAAACGGCUACGAGAACCUUCCUGAGUUCUGGACAUCGACCCAGCCGGUAUCCAAGAGUACGAAGGAUCUAACUGACUUAUCUCGGCAAAUGGCGACGGACCACUGGAAGAAGCCUUCUCAGCCCGGUGAUCCCGACCCGAGAAUCAUCAAGAAGUUGGCAGAUGACAAUCCUCGUCAGGUUCAAAUUUCCUGCCAGACUUAUCAAGAGUAUUAUCGGUGGUUAUUUUCCCGGGGUGAUGAAUACCAUGUCAACGGAGCAGAGCACGUACGGGAAGCUCAUUUGAGAGUCCGAAGGGUUCAGAUGACUUCGCUAUUAGACAUUGACAAGGUGCACGAAGCUCUUGCGCUGGCUGAGAAGUAUCGCGAUAUGAUUGCGCUUGUUGAAAUCGUAGCCAAGGAAGUCAACCAUUUGGGAAUCGAGACCCAGAGACCUGAACUCAGUGCGGAGAGGCGUGCUGAGGCGCAGGAGCGACUGGAAGCUUUACAGGACCGUAUCGAAUCCUACUUUAGAGAUUUUGGUGACGAGUGGGCACAUGCUCUAUACUCCCGUCAUAUUGAACAGGGGAGGCUUUUUGGACUGCUCGAUGACAAUGCUGAUUAUCAGCCGUAUCUGACGAGAUUCCUCCGGUCGAAUCCUCAAUAUGCGAAGCUGAGCUGGAUUAAUGAUGUAUGCGGCGAAAAUUCGUAUUUGCACGCUGCGAACACUCUACUUGCGCUUGGCCAGCAUCAAGAGACCAAUGUUUGGAGCAAGAAGGUUGAGCUGAGUCUCGGAAAGCUCGCAGUUGCAGCUGUCCGAGAGCAGCGGCGUCAACCAACCACGAGGAGAAGCGAAGGCGAACUGGUUACGGUGCACAGUGAGUUGGCCAUGAUUGAUAUUCAGGAGAAGCUCUUCCGGCACCUGGCUUCUAGCAUCAAAGAUUCCCUGGAUGAAAAAGCGGCGGUCCAAUUGGCGAUGGAAAAGUAUGGCCAAGAAGUAACGAAGGACAAUCCCGCAAUGCACCAAAUGCUCGAAAUGGGUUUAGAGGCCCUCAUCGAGCGCGAGUCAAUGAGCCCUGAUCAGCUCAUUGAUACUCUGACUCUGAUCGACUCGAAAUUCGACAGCGAUAAUCAAGAUGAUCUCAAUGGCUCGCAAUUUUAUCUGGCUUUGCGAGUCCUUGAUCUCUGUGGACUUGAGUAUGGGAGGACUCGGCGAGAUCUCACGGAAAAAAUCAUCUGGAGACGAUGCUUCGUGAGGGACAAUUGGAACGAGUUGAAUGACACGAGCCUGAAGGGAGACCAAGCUGUUGAGGAUGCUACGCAUGCUACGGCACUGUUUAAAACACUGAAGGAGGGCUUCCGGAACGACCUCUGGAAUGCUUCUUCUAGCAUGCGCAUUCUUUCUCCCCAGCAAGUCAAAGGUGCAGGUUGCUCCCCAAAUGAGCUCAGUCACCGAUUUGGUACGAAUUCGGAAGACCUUCGAGAACCCGUGGCCAAGGGCAUGCAGAUUGAGGACGAGUUGCUAGAAAAGUACGUAUCCAAAGGCCGGCUCGAUCACUGGUUCGAGGGUAUCAAGGACGCCGCCAAGAAGAGCCUCGAAGACGAUCGUGACACUGCGGCUGAAUCAACUCAACUCUGGGACGAGAUCUCGUCGAAGAUCGAGGCGGGGAUACCACCUGAGGAGGACGAGCAGAUGGAUAUGGAUGAGGACGCCGAAAUGGACGAUGAAGGCGACGUGUCCAUGGGAUGAAUAGAGGGACUAAAAAAAAAGGGGCACUGACGGCCGCCCAGCGCCACGUUCGAUAACGCCUGCAACGAUUUUACCUUGCACAUUCUUUAAUACAUUCAGCAUCUCAAUUUUGACGGCGUUGACGGCUGUUUGCUUUGCCUGCGACUAGGCAUUUCUUUUUUCGACUACCGAUAUUGAUUUGGGCGCUCCCAAUGUACCUGUAUCAUACAAAACAGUAAAACCGAAUCUACCUGAGCACUUAGAAUCUAAUUACG